UCUCAACACUAAUUUCCUCAUCCCCUCAUCACUCAUCAAGCGCUUUAUGGGCUCAUCGCGUAUCGCAAUUUGCUGCUGCCGUCGCCAUCACCAUCACCAUCGCCCAUCCCCUCCCAAAUUGACCUUCGCCCGUCAUCCGCUGUUGAGAGGCCUGAAAUCACACAGAGCGCCAUGGCAGGCAAUCCGGCCUGCAGCCCGGCCCCGCAGGAAUCCGACAGCAUUGUGGUCUCACCGGCUCAGCCGACUGACACUGCGAUGAGGAUUGUGAGGUGUAAUUCCGACCUCGUCGGUCCGGCACUCCGCCGUCCAACGCCACAAUGUAGCAAAACCAUCUCAACACGCUUCGAGUUGGACUCAACUCUAAGCCUGUACGUAGCCACAGCUAAUGCUAGUACUUCCCAUAGCGACAGGGCAGAGUCUCCCAUCGAAAACGUCGUUAUAGUGAAGAGCCUAGAAGCACCAGUCGUACCUCAGAAGCGCCGAUUGGAAGAGGACGAGGAAAACAGCGAGGGGCAUCCCAGUUGGGGGGGUGAUACUGAAACGGGGGACGAGUAUGAGCAAUAUCGAAGGACGGGUAGGCAGCGACAAAGAGUGGCAGGGAAUGAUAAGGAGUCAGCCAAGGUUCUGGCAGUUUCUUCCUCGCCACCGGGCAAGGGCCCCACGUCGUCGCCGGCGGCCCCUCGUGCAGCCUCGGGCGAGACAGUCGGCAGCCACGCCGACGACUCCAGAGUCCCUGCCUGCAUGAUGCCAGGAACUUGGUUGGACGAUACCGCCAUAUCCGACGCCCUUGUGUUCGUCGCCGCCCUUCGGCCGCUCCGCUUCAUCACCGUGGACCCCCUUCUCGUGGCUCCGGACAAGACGGUGCCGGCGGGGUAUUGGCAGCGUCUACACUAUCUUGCAGUCCCUGACAGCACCAUCCUGGUUCCCAUGAACAUCGACAACGCCCACUGGUGCCUCGCCGCCGUCAAGUCCCGGGAACCCGCGGCGGGCGGACCGGCAUGUCAGAUAUUCGAUUCAUAUCCGACCCAGCACUUUCGUGCACGAUCCAAGAACCUCGCCGCGACAUUCCUGAACGGCCUAACCGCAUCAGCUCCCAGAGGUGGUGUCUGGGCUGCCGUGGCCCAGGCCAAUGGCCAGGCGGCUGCGAGGCAGCCGUCAUUCUCGGUAUUCACUUUUCCCUAUACCCCAGAGCAGUCCGACAUGAUCGAGUGUGGCGUUGCCGUUAUCGUAGUCGCGCUUCACCUCGCCGGCAACCUCCCCCUGCCGGAGCAGAUCGAUUACGCCAUGUGGCGCGACGUGCUCGGCCUUCUGGCGCAGCACCAACAUCCCGCCGAGAACGACGACGACAACGACAACGAGGACGAUGGCAACCCGGCUAGACGAGACGAUUCCCCACCCCUCCUACGCUUAGUCCACGACCUCGGCGCCGACGACGACGAGAAAGCCCUAGAGGUCCCAACGCCAUCUUUCGUGUCCGACCUCGCCACCUCUCAUCCAAGCAGCACCGGGAGGCGACAAUCCAUGUCCUUCCGCACCUACGGCGACCUCUUCGCCCAACUCAAACGCGACUUCGAAUCCCACCGCGAGGAGAUGUUCUCGCGCGCAGACAGCCUCCGCUCAAACGCCCGCGCCGUCGACGACAUCGCCGCGACCCUCGACGUGCUCACGCCGCCAGCAGCCGAGUCUCCGCCAUCGGAGCUAUCCACCAUCAGCGCCGAGAUCGCCCGCCUCGACGCCCUCUGCCGCCUGGCCCACGAGAGCAUCUUCCCCUACGACGCCGUGGCGGCCGCGGCCGCGGCACAGGCUGGGUGGCGGGCCCGCCUGCUCGCUGCUCGCGCCGACGCCGCUGCCGUCGCGGCCCGCCGCUUGGCGUGGCUGCUGCGGGCGUUGCACCGUAGUGCGGACAGGCUGAAUGAAUGCGCUGGUGUUAUUGAUGAUGCUGUUGCUUCGGGGCUUGAUGGACUGGUGUCGUGA